AAUACCGGGCAGAGGGACAUCAACAUCCAGACUCUGCGCAAUUUGCUUUCGAUGGUUUGGUUGCGGAUGAGGGGUUUCCCGCUCACCUGUCCCAUUAUUGCGAACGCAAAAGGUAUCAGAUGCAUAUAUGGCGGAGAUUUUGUUUCUUUAUACACAGAAAUUACGGAAAGAUAUAUUCCUUACUCUUCUGCUGUGUUUUGGGGCAAUGUCAGGACAGUGCGAUCUCGAUUCUAUUAAUUGUACCAAAGCUUCCGCCCCGAAUCACUUUUCGAAUCGCAGAGAUGUAGCACAAUGUGGUAGAAAUGCUCCACAGGGGAGUCAAGUGUGUCCCCUGAAUACUUGCUGUAGCGGCAAUGGAUACUGCGGGACCACAUCUGCGUAUUGCAUCAACGCCGAUCCCAUCAACGGCAAUGCACCUUGCCAACGCGGCUACGGCGCCUGCGGUAUAAUAAGCUUCCCCAACUGCGGAUCCGGCAGCACAACCGCCAGUAACGGGCGCAAAGUAUCUUACUGGCAAAUCGGCAGCGCGACUCGUCCCUGCAACGCUCUCCCCGUCUCUCUCAUCCCCACUCAGAACAUCACGCAUCUCAUCUUCGCCUUCAUGUCCAUCUCUCCUAACUCUUUUCACGUGGUUCCUUUCGAUACCACGGCCGUGCCUCUCAUGUAUCCCUUUACUGCUCUCGCUUCCGCAAGUUUGGCGACGUAUAUGGCUAUUGGGGGCGGUGGGUCGAGUGUCUUGCCGCUGAUUUGGAGUCAGAUGGUAUCGAAUCAGGGGAAUCGAGCAGCGUUUAUUGGUAGUGUGGAGGGGUGGUUGAGUACGUUUAAUUUCCAGGGCGUGGAUUUGGAUUGGGAGUUUCCGAGUAGUGAUAAUGAUCGAGAUGGGUUUGUGGCGUUGGUGAGAGAAAUGCGGGAGAGUUUUAGUGCGAAUUACCCGGGGAAGAAUUGGGGGAUCAGUGUUGUUUUACCACCAGAUAUCUACUCCCUCCAAUUUUUCGACCCCAUAAACCUAGAACCUUACAUCAACUUCUUCAACUUCAUGUCCUACGACCUACACGGCCCAUGGGAAGCCUCCAACCCGGCACUCGGAGCCUUCGUGCGACCGCAAACCUCUCUCCCGGACAUCACGAACGCCAUUUCUCCGCUCUGGUUCGCCGGCGUCGACCCCAUGAAAGUGAAUCUUGGACUCGCGGCCUACGGGCGCGGAUACACGCUUGCGAAUCCCGGGUGUGCGGAAAUCGGAUGUGCAUAUACGGGACUCAGCGAGCCCGGGCCGUGUAGUACCGAAGCGGGAAUUCUGAGUAUGCGGGAGAUUGAGGUGUUGGUUUUGAGAGAGGGCUUGAGAGCUACGUGGGCGGGGGCUAGUGCGGCGGAGGAGGGGGGGACCGCGGUUAAGCAGAUUGUGUUUGCGGGUGGGAGGCAGUGGAUGGGGUUUGAUGAUGAGGAGAGCUGGGGGUUGAAGAGAAGGUAUGCGGAUCAGCUUUGCAUUGGGGGGACAGUGGUUUGGAGUUUGGAUUUGCAGGUUGUGGGGACUGGCGAUGGUAAUUUUGGGCCGGGGUUCUAAGUGAUAGCUUUGGAAUUUAUGAGGGCAUGCAAUCGGGUAACAUGGAGGCGUUGAGGUGUGGAUGGACUUUGCGGUAUUUCUUUAAUAUACUGUUUUAUGGAUAGUGAUUUCUCAUUGAUACAUACGAAUUGCAGCAGUUACCA